CUCACUUUCUUUUCGGUAUCGUUGGUUCAUUUAUUUGUAAAACUGGUUUACUGGUCUUGAAACCAUGGAUCUAUGCUAGAAAAUCUCUUUGAAAACAGGCUAAAAUUGAGCUUUCAUGGGUUGUUUUCUGUUAAGCUCAGUGAAAAAUGGGAUUUUCCUAGUUGGGUUUUGUUUUUCAAUGUAAAACACCAUGAAGAAUUCAAAGAAAACCAGAAAAAAUCACGUUCAAGAAAUGGGUAGAACUCAGAUAUGUAUUUGUAUGAGUGGUUUUCAUGUUAUAUUUAGAGAUAGGAGUUUUGAGUUUUGAUUUGGAGUCCUCUAAAUCUAUGGAUGAAUACGAAUAACUAGAAACCGCUUGAGAAAACAAUUAAUGUGGUUUUGCAUGACUGGAUUUCUGUCAUUUCAAGAGUAAGUUGAUCUUUCUGGUGAUGGGAUUGGGCCUUUAAAGUCCAGAACAAGGAAAAAGGAAACCAAUUUUUUGAAACUCUUUAACUUUUGAAAGUAAGAGAAGUUUGUCAAGCAUUAGAGAAAACGUGUAUGUUUUGGGUUUUGUUUUCUUGGUCCAGAACCAGGAAGAAGAACCAGAAAACCGCUAAUUUUUGCUUCUGAUAGAAUAUGGAACCAAAAUUAUUGAACUAUUGGGUUUUGAGCUACUGCAUAUGUUCUUGAAAACCAGUGAGAAUUACCAGAAAACCUCUUUAAACAUAGCUUCACUUUUAUAUUUUCUAUAUAUCUUGUAUCUGUUACUUGUUUUCUGAGCUUUAAUGGUUCCUAUUUAUCUUAGAAAAUAUGGCAGGCCCAGCUUUUGACUUGUAUCUCCCUAACAAUAAAUUUCAGGACCGCUGGAGAAUGCUUGUUGUACUGUUUCUGCUUCUAAAAAUCAGUUUCUCUGACUAAAAUCCAGAGCUUUGCCUGUUGAGCUUCCUCAUUACUCAGUAAAAACCAAGAUUUAGAUUCUUUCAUGGCUUUUGAGAAAAACCCAGAAAACCAAUUUUGAGAGAAGCUAUUAUUGUUUCUCCAGGAUUGGAAGUCUUGUUUCCUAGAGAGAAAAUUGGGAUUUUGGUCAUGGCAUUUAUUAGUUCAAAACCAGAUAAAAGUUUGAGAAAACCUCCAUCGGAAACUCAAACCUUCAGAAAACAAUAAUGGCGUUAUUGUUGGAUCUGGGUUUUAGUCCUUUUUUGUGAAGAAAAAGGAGAGAAGGGUUUAAUGUUUUUGGGCUAUGGCUUCUGGGCUCCAAAACCAGCGAGGAGUUCAAGUAAACCUCCUUAGAAGACGGCUUGGAUCAGCUGUUCAGGGCCUUCAAUGGAGUUAUGGUAUCUUUUGGACACUCUCUUCUCAACACCAGGGGGUUUUGGAAUGGGGUGAUGGGUACUACAAUGGUGAUAUUAAGACAAGGAAGACUGUUCAACCAAUGGAGCUUACCCCUGAAGAGAUGGGUUUACAGAGAAGCCUUCAGUUGCGGGAGCUUUACGCGUCGCUCUCGAUGGGUGAGAGUAGUCAGCAGGCUCGAAGGCCUUGUGCUGCUCUCUCUCCGGAAGAUCUCACUGAUACAGAGUGGUUCUACUUGGUUUGCAUGUCCUUCACUUUCAAUCCUGGUCAAGGAUUGCCUGGAAGAACAUUAUCAAGAGGUCAGCAUAUCUGGCUAUGCAAUGCUCACAAUGCUGAUAGCAAAUUCUUCUCACGCUCACUUCUUGCCAAGAGCGCUUCAAUUCAGACAGUUGUAUGCUUUCCAGUCCCAAAUGGGGUGCUAGAAAUGGGGGUGACUGAACUGGUUACGGAGGAACCAACUUCAAUUCAACGCAUGAUGACUUUCUUUUUGGACUUAACAAAGCCUGCUUGCUCCGAGCAAUCUCAUUCCAGUCCUCAAAACUCAGACCAUGAUUACGAUGAUCUCGACUUUGCCAAAAUUGGCCACGAGAAUCCUGGAAAGGAUACAUGCGAGAGCGAAACUCAACACUUCAACUAUUACCAAGAUGAUACCCAUAACGCUUUUUCAUUUGACAUCUCAUACUUGCCCGAAGAAGGGGUGGAAUUUGAAAAGGAAGGAAUCAAGGAACUGAAUGGAGUUUGUGAAGAUUUCAAAACAAGGUCCCCUGACUUCAGUGAACAUGGCUCUAGUCAGCAACUUGACGAUUUAUACAUGCCUGAUGGCAUAACGAAUACAUGCCAAGUUCAAAGCUGUCCAUUCAUUGAAGAAGAGAAUGGGGCUGAUGGUUCCCCUAACAAUAGUGAUUGCAUAUCUCAGACUUUUGUUGAAGCUUCACCUAAGGGGGAGAUACUAAAGCCUUUUAUGCAAGAUGCCCAAGAUAGUUGGGAUGGUACUCCACUUAAUUAUGGGGUAAAUGGAGCUGAUAAUUCUCAUUAUUCGAGGACACUUUCUUCUAUUCUUCAAAGAGGUGAAAACUUCAAAUUUACUGAGGCUCCACGAAGGCUCUCUAUUAAAAGUUGUUCUUCCAAGUCGAGUUUUUUGCUUUGGAAGAAAGGGUCAGAGCUUCCUCGGAGGCAAAUUGAGAUGCCUCAGAAGAUGUUGAAGAAAGUUCUAUUCAUUGUGGGGAGGUUUAGGAGUGAGAAUUCUCCUAUGACCCAAGAAUGCGAUGUUGGGAAAUUUGGGGUUUGGAAGAAGGAUGUGGAAGAUCUUAAUCAUAGUCAUGUUUUAUCAGAGAGGAGGAGAGAAAAGCUGAAUGAGAAGUUUUUGGCUCUGAGGUUGUUGGAUCCAUCUAUUAGCAAGAUCGAUAAGGCUUCACUACUUGGGGACACUAUAGAGUACCUAAAAGAACUUGAGAGGAGGGUAAAAGAACUGGAAGCAAGGGGUACGAGGAAGCAGGCUGACAUUUCAGAAAGAACUUCUGAUAAUUAUGCAAUUACUGAGAAAUAUUCAGGAAAUAAAAGGAAAGCAAGUGUACUUGAUCCAGCUCAGCUCGACUCCAGUAGAGUUCCUUUGGAUGGCAUUGAGGUUACCAUUUUAGAAAGAGAUAUCUCAGUGGAGAUGUGUUGUCCAUGGAGAGAGAGUUUGCUGCUAGAGAUAGUCCAAGGACUCAGCAAACUCCAGUUAGAUGCACAUUCCAUCAAAUCCUCAACCAACAAUGACAUGCUAACAUUAUCACUUAAAGCAAAGUUAAGGAGAAAAGUGCAGACAACAGCUGGGGAGCUCAAGCAAACCCUUACGAGAAUUGUAGGCUGGGGCUAGGGAUGGUUUGCAAUGGUUUCUUGCUUACUCUCUUGUUUUGUUGUAGUCAUUGCAGGCUGAAGUAAAGAGUUUCAUUUAGCUUUGUAUGAUAUUAGUCUCUGAGCAAUUCUCAAUAAAGAGGUGUUUAGUGUAUUUUGAUUGAGGUUC